UUGAAACUCAGUUCCUAGGAGCAUAUAUAACCUAUGGCCGGCCUUUCUCAUCUUCAAAUUACUUCAACUUUAUAAUCAAUUUCCUUUAAAAUGUAUCAAUGGCUAAGGUUCAUCCUCAAGCAACUGUUUCCGAUCCCUGCAUUAUGAGCUCUGCAGGAAGACAAAUAUUCACUAUAUGGAUGAAAUCUCUUGUCUGCCACACCAAUGGCUGCACUGUCUUUGAUUCAAAAGGGGAGAUUGUUUAUCGUGUCGAAAACUAUGACAGCAAGGGCAGCUGUGAAGUUCAUCUCAUGGACCUGCGCGGCAAAGUUCUCUUUACCAUUCUAAAAAAGAAACUACAAAUUUUUGGGUGUUGGAAUGGAUAUAGAGGGAACUUAGCUUGCACAAGAAAGGAAAACCCUUGCUUUCAAGUCCAGAGAUGCUGCAGUUUUCUCCGGAGAGAUUUAGCUUGCCAAGUUACUGUGGGCUUUAACAAGUAUUGGAUAGUUUGCUUAGGUCGCAAGAAACAAGGAUUUAAGAUGGUAAACAUAGCUGGAGACAUUGUAGCAGAGGUGAAGCAGAAGCAAUUAUCUUCAGGAAUGGUGUUAGGAGAUGAUGUAUUAAAUUUGGAGGUAGAACCCUAUUUUGAUCAUUCCCUAAUCGUUGCUCUUGUUACCGUUUAUGGAUUGAUCAAUAGGAGAUUGUAG